AUGAACAGUGAUCAUACGAAUAACAAUGACAAUUCUAAUCUAUUUGUCAAUGAUUAUUGUUGUACUGCUAGACCACUGAUUUGUAAACCUACAACAAUAUGUUCCAAUGAAAUUCUAACACAAAAUACAUCUAAAUGUAUAGCAUCAGCAUCAAUUGUGAGUUGUUGUAUGCGUAAACUUGUUUGUUGUACAUCUAAUAAACCACAAUCAUUGCCAUUAUGUUGUGAUCCAACCGCGAAAUAUGAAUCAAAUAAAAAUCAUAAUCUUAUCAUUGAAGAAACAACUACUACUAAUACAGCUAGAAUUACAUGUUGUCCAUGUUCACCGAAAAAAUUCAAAGUAAGUCAAUCAUCUGAAGAAGUACAAACUGAUUUUGAUCCAGAAUUUAGUUAUUCAGAUUAUGCAGAUUUAGCUAUGUUGUUGAAUGCAACUACACCGAUAACAACAAAUAAUACAAGUCCGUUAAAUUCAAUGUUAUCUCCACAAUUACCAUUAUUAUCUGAUAUAUUUAUACAACCACAACAAAAUGAUGAUGAUGAUGGUACUGCUGUUACUGCUGCUGUUGCUCCUGCCGCGGCUGCUCCUCCUGAUGAGGAUGAUGAUGAUGAAUAUCGUCGAAAUUUUGAAUUAUAUUUAAAACGUGAUUUAGUUAUGAAACCAUAUCUUAAUAUGAUUAAUAAUAGUAAUUCUCAAAUAAAUGAUCAUCAUUUAUCAGCAUCUCAAAUUGAUCCUGUUAAUACUACUCAUAUAUAUACUACUACUAAUAAUAAUAAUAAUAACGAUCCAAUUAUAACACCUUCACCUCCUACAUUAGAUGUUAGAAGGAAUUCAACAUCGGUUCCAUGUGAAAAUAUGCUGAUUACAUCGAAUAUUAGUAAUAAUUAUUAUAAUGAUAAAAUAAUCUCAUCCACUGCUAAUGUUCUCCUUCAAAUACCAUCAAUAAUGCAUACAAAUGUUACUACCUAUUCUAAUAAUAACGAUAAUAAUAAUAAUAAUAAUACUGUCAAUAAAUAUUAUUCUGAUUCCAUUCCAUUAAGACGUUAUAUUUGUCGUGAUUGUGGUGUAUCAUUUCGUCAAAAUGUUCAUUUACGUAAACAUAUUAUGAUACAACAUACUAAAGUGAAACCAUACAGUUGUCCUUAUUGUGAAUAUACCACAGUGGAAAAAAGUCAUCUUACAGUACAUGUACGUACACAUACAGGUGAACGUCCAUUUAGUUGUCGUGAAUGUAAUUAUUCAUCAGCACAAAAUUGUACAUUAAAAUCACAUUAUUUACGUAAACAUCCAACAAAUUUUAUUGAAUGUAAUUAUUGUUCAGAAAUAUUUUUUACUGAAUUAGAAUUGACAAAACAUCAACGUCUAUGUCGUUUAUCUGUUCGUCAAUAGAUCAGAUUGAUUAUUAUUAGUAGUAGUUUUAUGAUGAUUCUGUGGUCUCUCACCUUUUCAAAUGACAUGAUGUUUUAUGUACAGGGGUUUAGGCUAUUUAUUAUUGAUUGAUCGAUUGAUGGAUUAGUGUUAUUGUUAAAUUUCAGUCAGUUAGCAUUAACAAAACAACAUUGUCUGUGAUUAAUUUGUAUAUUAUCAGAAUUAUUUAUUAUUGUAUUCCAUUAUUAAUACGAAUACUAUUACUAUUAUUUAA